UCACACACACACACACUCUGUCCAGCCGCUCGUCUCUCCGUCGCUGUGAGGAGCCGCCGCUUCUCCACCGCGCCACCAUGAGGUCUGUUGGAGGCCCUUCCUCGCCCGUCUCCUCUUCCUCAGAGGAAGCUCCGCCCCCGCUCUUCUCCAUCACCAGCCGGCGGCUCCAAGACGAGUUCCUGAAAGAGCGCCUGAGGAGGCUGGAGUCCCGGAGCGACGCCUCCUCCCCGCGAAGCUCCUCCCCCUCCUCCUCCUGCUCCCCCGGAAGCCCCGCCUCCCCCGCUGCAUCCCCCCUGCUCUCCUCCUCCCCACAGGCCCCGCCCCCUCCCUCCCCCAGCUCCCCCCCCAGGCAGCCUGACGCCUCCACAGGUCUGUCCCUGUCCAGUCCAGAGCUGCUGUUGGAGCUGACAAGGAGACAGACUUAUCCUCUGAGACGCGUCCAGAGGCGCAGCGGACUGACCACCAUCUUCUCUGGACGAGGACGACAGGUCUCAGGCUCCUCCCCCUAGGCUGAGCCAGCCAAUAGGAGAGCUGCUGCUCCUCUUUCUACCUCCACAUCAGGCUGAACAACUUGAGCCAGAAAACUGAGCCAGUGAGCCCACAGAGCGUCACUCACAGAAGCCCCGCCCCAUUUAUGUCCACGCCCAGUUUAAGCUCCGCCCAUCCAAUCCAGCUUCGUCUUAAGCCCCGCCCCCUGCCUGGACCUGUUUUUGUUCUGAAGAGAUAAAGAUCAUAAAGUUUAAUUUAAACGUCAACUUAUUAAUUUCAGAUGAAGAUUGAAAUGAAUAUCUAAAAGUAAAGAAUACAGUAAAGUUUAAACAGCGGCGAUUAGUGGAUGUUGCUCCAGUUUAGCUCCAGAACCGGGUCAUGUGACUGCUGUCAUGUUUCUACCGACCCAGAACCAAGACGGUGGUUCACCAGAACCUCUGGCCCAGUUCAGAACCCAACAGAACCAAACUGUCCAGUUACGCUUUUAUUAACUCUGCCUAUUCAGUCUAUGAUUCAUUUAUGAAUAAAUUGGCUCAAUAAAUAGUUUAGCUAAUGAAUUAAUAAGCUGAUAAAUGAAACAAUAUGAAAAGAAAAUAAUAAAAUAUACUCAUCUGGCAUGAAUGUAUUUUUAAAGUUAUUUUAAGAUGUUAUAAUUUAUCUCUGCGUGGUCAUUGUGGUUUGAUUUUGACUCUUUUACAUAGAUUUACAAUAUUAAAUCUAUACAUAGAUUUACAAUGUUAAAUCUAUGUAGGCUAAAAAAAAUACACAUGUUGAAUAAUUUUUUAAAAAAGCUUUUUAAAAAUGUAUGAGUUUUUAUGAAAACUUGUUUAAUUGUGUAAUAAAUAUGUAAAAUAAAA